AUGGAAAUUAUUACAAAGAGAUGUAUUUAACAAUCAUAACUGUUUUAGCCCUAGUUGAGUAAACUUGCCUAACAAUUAAACAGAAAUCGAACUCAAUCAAAUAUUACAAUAUCGAAAUAGGUGAAAAUCACCAAUCAAUCUAUCUCAAGAAUAAAAUUGGAGUCUAUAAAAAGCGAUUCCAACAAUGAUACUUCAUAUCAGAAUGAUGAAAAGUCAAAAUAAAAAGUCAUCGCGGCAAGUAGAUCAGGUUAAUUUACAAGAAAGGUUAACCUGAAUAAUUAAGUGUAUAUAAAGAAAGUUUAUCAAGGAAAUUAUUUUUUUGAUAAAAUAAAAGAAAUUCUAAAAAGUGGUCUUAAAGAUAAUACUUCCUUAAAAAAAAUGAGUAGGGAUGCUCUCAAUUAAAUACACAUGAUAAUGACUUAUCAAGAAAUAAUCCCUGAGGUUUCUCUAUUAUACUAUGGGAAAUCGUAAAAAUAGAUAAAAAUUGUCUUUGAUCUCGAUGAAACUCUUGUUCAUUCAGAGGAAGUACAAAAAGAUAAAGUUUAUGAUUUUUAAAAUAAUGAAUUUGGAUUGUUUGUUAGACCCUAUUGUUGUCAUGUACUAAAGGAGUUAAGCUAACUUGCUGAUUUAUUUGUGUAUACUUCAGCAAAUUAAAAAUAUGCAAAGACAAUAAUUAAUCUCAUUGAUCCAGAAAAUACUUUCUUUAAGGGUCAUUUUUACAGAAACAAUUGCGUAUCUCUAUAAAGCAAAAUGUAAAUAAAGCAUUUAGGAAUUCUAUCAAACAACUAUUCCAAGAUAGUAAUAAUUGACAACAGCCCAAUUUUUUAUAUGGGUUAGCCAUACAAUGGUAUACCAAUAGCUCCUUUUAUUGAUGAUCCUCAAGAUAACGAAUUACCGAAGUUGCUUAGUUUUUUGAUUGAAAAAAUUUUAUAAUCAGAUGAUGUUAGAGUUACAAUUAGAAGAUUCUUUCAAUAUGACAUGUUUAGACAGUUUUCUGAUGGAGUCAGUGCAUUCAACAUAUUAUAUAAUUGA